CAUUUUUCUGACCACGGGAGAAGUGUUCGUGGAAACGCCACUAACGAGAUCUAGCACGGACCGACGACCCCCUAGUGUGGAAACGAGCUUUCACUGAACCCUAGAAGAAGAAAGAAGGAAGGAAGGAGAGGAUUAGAGAUUCAGCAUCGAUCGAUCGAAGAAGAUGAACAUUUUCAGAUUAGCAGCUGAUAUGACUCACCUGGCCAGUGUCCUCGUCUUGCUCCUCAAGAUCCACACCAUCAAAUCCUGCGCUGGUAUCUCCAUUCUCCUUCAAGUUUAGGUUGUUUUCCAAAAUUGACGUUGGCCAAAUGAUUCGAUUCUCACUCGAUUCCGUAAAUCCCACAUACGGUGUGUCAUUGAAGACUCAAGAACUCUAUGCAAUCGUCUUCGCUACGCGUUAUUUGGAUAUUUUCACGAGCUUUGUCUCUGUCUACAACACCUUCAUGAAGUUGGUCUUCUUAGGAAGCUCCUUCUCGAUUGUUUGGUACAUGAGGUAUCAUAAGGCUGUCCAGAGGACUUACGACAGGGAGCAAGAUACCUUUCGCCAUUGGUUCCUCGUGCUUCCUUGCCUUCUCUUAGCUCUUCUCAUUCACGAAAAGUUCACCUUUCUCGAGGUACUGUGGACGUUUUCGUUGUACUUGGAGGCUGUUGCUAUAUUACCUCAGCUUGUCUUGCUUCAAAGGACUAGAAACAUUGAUAACUUGACUGGGCAGUACAUAUUUCUCCUUGGGGGUUACAGGGGAUUGUACAUCUUAAACUGGAUCUACCGCUACUUCACUGAGCCACACUUUGUUCACUGGAUAACAUGGAUCGCGGGGCUUGUUCAAACAUUGCUCUAUGCCGACUUCUUCUAUUACUAUUUCCUAAGCUGGAAGAACAACAAAAAGCUCCAGUUGCCAGCUUAAUUUCUCAAUUUUCGAUGCUCGGAAACCCUACCGUUCAAGUUUGGUGUCUGGCUACAAUAUCUGCCGGAAAGUUUACUAGUUUACUCUGUUGGUAGUUAAUGGAUGAGACGAGCAUAGAUUAUAUGUAAACUCCAGCGAUCUAACUUGUUACACAUUUUUGAACUUUUUCGUGUCUCAGCUUUUGUUAAGUGUUACUAAAAUAUUUCGACAGGACAAAUCUUGCAAGUAUAACUAGUCUACUGUUUCCAUAUACAAAAUCAUUAUGUUCUUA